AGAAGAAGAAAAAACGUGCACAAACACCGGCUUCACCCGGAUCUCACCGUCGACCUGAAAUUGAGUGGCGCAGAUUCAUCGCCAAAAUUAGUCGCGUGGGUUCGAAUAUUGACCGCUACUGUGUUUAUCAGACGCCACCACUGACGCCCUUGUGCCGCGCACACCUCUUUCUCUUUCCUUCCUUUACCUCCGCCACUCUGCUCUGCGCAGACCCAAAUCUCCAAUGGCCUCCUCUGCUAUUGCCUCCAGCUCCUCACCAUUCAUCAACAAGAAAGAUGUGGGGUUCUCUGCUUUUUCUUCACAGCGUCCAAUCUCAGUUCAAACGGCCAAGAAAAGCGGUUGCAAGAAAAUUGUGUCUGUGAUGGCGCCACAGCAAACUGAACGCUCCCCUGCCACCACUGGCUCAGUGAAGACUGGGAUGACCAUGACUGAGAAGAUAUUGGCAAAGGCUUCACAGAAGUCCCAGUUGAGCCCUGGUGAUAAUGUCUGGGUAAAUGUUGAUGUUUUGAUGACCCAUGAUGUCUGUGGACCAGGUUCUAUUGGAAUUUUCAAGAAAGAGUUCGGGCAAGAUGCUAAGGUCUGGGAUCGUGAAAAGGUUGUUAUCAUACCUGACCACUAUAUAUUUACAAGUGAUGAAAGAGCUAACCGUAAUGUGGAUAUCUUGAGGGAGUUCUGCACUGAGCAAAAUAUUAAGUACUUUUAUGACAUCAAGGAUCUUGGAAAUUUUCGGGCCAACCCGGACUACAAAGGUGUCUGCCAUGUGGCACUUGCCCAAGAGGGUCAUACCAGGCCCGGAGAGGUAUUGCUGGGCACAGACUCCCAUACAUGUACUGCAGGAGCAUUUGGGCAAUUUGCUACUGGAAUUGGGAAUACAGAUGCAGGCUUUGUAUUGGGUACUGGGAAGAUUUUGCUCAAGGUUCCUCCAACUCUGAGAUUUGUGAUGGAUGGUGAAAUGCCUGAUUACUUGCUAGCUAAGGACUUGAUUUUGCAAAUUAUUGGCGAGAUUUCUGUGGCUGGUGGAACAUAUAAAGCAAUGGAGUUUGUUGGUUCAACCGUUGAAAGCUUGACAAUGGAAGAACGAAUGACUCUUUGCAACAUGGUUGUUGAAGCUGGUGGGAAGAAUGGUGUCAUCCCAGCAGAUAGUACGACCUAUAAGUAUCUUGAGGGAAGGACUUCUGUCCCAUAUGAACCUGUUUACAGUGAUGAACAAGCCAGAUUUCUUUCGGAGUACAGAAUCGAUGUAUCAAAGUUGGAGCCCUUAGUGGCGAAGCCUCAUUCCCCUGAUAAUCGUGCAUUAGCAAGAGAAUGCAAAGAUGUCAAAAUCGACAGAGUUUAUAUUGGAUCGUGUACUGGUGGGAAAACCGAGGACUUCAUGGCUGCUGCCAAAGUUUUUCUAGCUGCGGGGGGUAAAAAGGUAAAAGUUCCAACGUUCCUUGUUCCUGCUACUCAAAAGGUCUGGAUGGACGUAUAUAGCCUCCCAGUUCCGGGAUCUGGCGGGAAAACUUGUUCCCAGAUUUUCGAGGAAGCGGGUUGUGAUACGCCUGCAAGUCCUAGUUGUGGGGCUUGUUUGGGUGGCCCUCGAGACACUUAUGCACGCAUGAAUGAACCGCUGGUAUGCGUCUCAACCACGAACAGAAACUUCCCUGGCCGAAUGGGCCACAAGGAAGGCCAAGUUUAUCUCGCAUCUCCAUACACAGCUGCAGCAUCGGCGCUGACUGGUUUCGUCACUGAUCCCCGAGACUUUUUGCAGUAAGGUUCUCAAUAAACUUGCAUGGAUGAUUAGAUUUUGAUCAGAACUCGAUAUGUUUUGUAUUGCGUUCUCUUUCUGAAGUGAGGUAAGAAAAAUGUGUUUCUAGACACAGGAUGAGUAUUGUUAAACUAUGUAAACAUGAUCACAAGUAUGAUCUUUUCCCACCAUAUAAAAUAAGUGCUGUUAAGACUGUUACCAGUUGGAAACUUGGAAUAAUAAGUCGAAUGUGAUCUUUGUUAAUCUCA